AUGCUGUCGCGUGGAUCUCUUCGCACGGCGCAGGCCCUCCGCUGCGCCGCUGUCCAGCAGCCGCUCGCCGCUCGCGGGUUCGCGACGGUCCAGUCCGACAUCUUUAAGCCCUCCCAGUUUGGCGGCAAGUACACCGUGUCCCUGAUCCCCGGUGAUGGUAUCGGUACCGAGAUCACCGAGUCCGUCAAGACCAUCUUCAAGGCCGACAACGUCCCUAUUGAGUGGGAUCAGGUCGCCGUGUCCGACUUUGGCAACGUCGCCCAGGCCGAGGCUGCCUUCCGCGAGAGCGUCGCCUCGCUCAAGCGCAACAAGCUGGGUCUCAAGGGUAUCUUCCACACCCCCAUUGACAGGUCGGGUCACCAGAGCUUCAACGUCGCUCUGCGUCAGGAGCUCGACAUCUACGCCAGCGUCAGCUUGAUCAAGAACAUCCCUGGCUACGAGACCCGCCACAAGGACGUCGACCUGUGCAUCAUUCGUGAGAACACCGAGGGUGAGUACUCUGGUCUCGAGCACCAGAGCGUCGAGGGCGUCGUCGAGUCGCUCAAGAUCAUCACCCGCGCCAAGUCGGAGCGCAUCGCCAAGUUCGCCUUUGCCUUUGCCCUCGCCAACGGCCGCUCCAAGGUCACCUGCAUCCACAAGGCCAACAUCAUGAAGCUGGCUGACGGUCUGUUCCGCUCCACCUUCCACGCCACGGCCAAGGAGUACCCUACCCUCGAGACCAACGACAUGAUUGUCGACAACGCUUCCAUGCAGGCUGUCUCGCGCCCCCAGCAGUUCGACGUCAUGGUCAUGCCAAACUUGUACGGAGGUAUCCUCUCCAACAUUGGUGCUGCGCUGGUCGGUGGUCCCGGUAUCGUGCCCGGAUGCAACAUGGGUCGCGAGGUGGCCGUCUUUGAGCCCGGUUGCCGCCACGUCGGUCUCGACAUCAAGGGCAAGGACCAGGCCAACCCCACUGCCAUGCUCCUGUCCGGCACCAUGCUCCUGCGCCACCUUGGUCUCGACGACCACGCCAACCGCAUCUCCAAGGCCGUCUACGCCGUCAUUGCCGAGGGCAAGUACCGCACCCGUGACAUGGGCGGCGAGUCGACCACCCACGAGUUUACCCGCGCCAUCCUCGACAAGAUGGAGACUUCUCUCUAG